UUUGAGUGGUGUUUGUAUUCAUAGUACACGUCAUAUGCGACCAUUGAGUCACACAUUUGUCUCAUUUACUCUCACAUUGAUUUAGUGCUCAAGACAAUUGAUCCCAACAAAUGCCGCUGAAGCUGGACGUGCGUCGGAAGCUGUUGUCGCGGUCGGAUCGGGUGAAGUGUGUAGACCUGCACCCUCUGGAGCCAUGGAUGUUGUCAUCGCUAUAUUCAGGUCACGUGCACGUGUGGAACCACGAGUCGCAGCAAUUGGUGAAGUCAUUCGAGGUGUGCGACGUGCCGGUGAGGGCGGCCAAGUUUGUGAGUCGCAAGAACUGGAUCAUCACCGGCUCGGACGACAUGACCAUAAGGGUCUUCAACUACAACACCCAGGAGAAGGUGCACUCGUUUGAGGCCCACUCGGACUACAUCCGCUCGAUUGUCGUGCACCCCAUCCAGCCUUAUAUCCUGACAUCCAGUGAUGACAUGUCGAUCAAGUUGUGGAAUUGGGACAAGAACUGGGCGCACACCCAGGUGUUCGAGGGGCACACCCACUAUGUCAUGCAAAUCGUAAUCAAUCCCAAAGACAACAACACGUUUGCCAGCGCUUCGCUCGACCGGACGGUCAAAGUGUGGCAAAUGGGCUCCAGUUCUCCCAAUUUCACUCUCGAG